AUGGCAAGCCUCGCAGUGCAUUCCAAGAAGCACAAKAUUGCCAUCGUCGGAUCCGGCAACUGGGGCACAACAAUCGCCAAAGUCAUCGCCGAGAACACACAGGAGAACACAGACCUGUUUGAGAAAGAUGUGCAGAUGUGGGUGUAUGAGGAGAAGGUAUCGUUUCCAAAGAACAGCAAGCACCACAACGGAGACGACACACCACAGAAACUCACGCAGGUGAUCAACAACGUGCACGAGAACAUCAAGUACCUACCCAACAUUCCGCUACCGCACAACAUCAUCGCCAAUCCGGACCUGGUGGAUACUGUGAAGGAUGCCACCAUUCUCAUCUUCAACCUGCCACAUCAGUUCAUCGGAAAGACAUGCGAGACGCUGAAAGGGCACGUUGUGCCCUUUGCACGGGGAAUCAGCUGUAUCAAGGGAGUGGCUGUGUCGGACAAUGGAUGUGAGCUCUUCUCGGACAGCAUAGGACAGCAGCUGGGCAUUUACUGCGGUGCUCUCAGUGGAGCCAAUAUUGCAACCGAAGUCGCAUUGGAGAAGUUCAGCGAGACGACGGUCGCUUACGAUCCGCCUGGCAUGGACUCGCGACAACCUUCGCGGGAGGGAUCCCCCAAUACUUCUUCUGUGGAUCUGACUGCAGGUCACAAGUCCAGCCUGAUGGCUCUGCCUGCAGAGUAUCCUCCCCUCAAUCACGCGAACAUAAAGAAGCUAUUCCAUCGGCCCUACUUCCACGUUCGACUGGUGCAUGACGUUGCUGGCGUGUCAUUAGGUGGUGCAUUGAAGAACAUCGUGGCUCUCGCUGCUGGAUUCGUUGAUGGACUGGGCUGGGGAGACAAUGCGAAAGCAGCGGUCAUGCGAGUUGGAAUCAUGGAGCAGGUCAAGUUCGGCAAGACAUUCUUCGCGGCUUCUGUCAAAACGGAGACUUUCACAGAGGAGAGCUGUGGUGUCGCGGAUAUGAUUACGUCGUGUUCGGGAGGUAGAAAUUUCCGCUGUGCGAAGAUGAGCGUUGCAGAGGGCAAGCCCAUCGGAGAGAUUGAAGAAAGGGAACUCAAUGGGCAGAAAUUACAGGGAACCAGCACUGCUGGAGAGGUCAACUCAUUCCUCAAGGCGGAGGGUAAGGAGAAGGAGUUUCCGCUCUUCACCGCAGUGUGGGAGAUUCUAGAGGGCAGGAGAAAGCCCGAAGAGAUUCCAGAAAUGAUUGAGGGAAAGGACGAGAAAGCGAGGCUCUGA